CUGCUGCCGCCAAAGUUUGGGAUCUUGAGCUUUGUGUUGGAUAGCUUGCUGAGUGGGAGGGUUGAGGAUGCGAUUAUUUGUCCGGUUUCGACGCAGUAUGACAAGGUUAUCGAGACGGAGGGCUAUGUCACCGAGUUGCUUGGCGUGCCCAAGAAGAAGGAGAACUUGGCGGAUUUCUUGUCGGGGGGGUCGAAUGUGCUGAGCUUGAGGCUGGGGAGGGUGGAUGUGAGGUUUCAUGAGCCGUGGAGUUUAAGGGGGUUCAUCGAUGACCAGAUCAGCAGGCUGAGCAAGGUCCCGUCUGCUAUCCACGUCGAUUGGACAGACACCAAGAACCAGGUUGUCAGGCAAAAACUGCUUCGAACGCUUGGUUACAAGGUCCUGGCAGACAUCAACGACGUCUCGGUCGUCAUGCCCACCGCCCUCAUCGGCACCGUUCUCCUCACCCUCCGAGGCCGCGGCGUCGGCCGGGCCGAACUCAUCCGCCGGGUGGAGUGGCUCACGGAAAGGGUCAGGGCCAAAGGCGGCCGCGUCGCCCACUUUGGCAACCUCCCCCUCUCGGACGUCAUCGAGCGCGGGCUCGAAGUCCUCGGGAAAGACCUCGUCGGCGUGGUCGAAGGCCUCGCCGAACCGACCUACUACGCCGUCGACCGCUUCCAGCUCUCCUUUUACCGCAACAUGACCAUCCACCUUUUUAUUUCGGAAGCCUUGGUCGCAGCAGCGCUCUACACAAAGGUCAAGCAGGGGGGUGGCCCGGCCAUCCAGGAUAUACCCUACAAGGAGCUCCGUGACCAAGUCCUCUUCCUCUCCUCCCUCUUCCGCGGCGAGUUUAUUUACAGCGGCGAAGGCCUCCAGGUGAACCUCGAGCGCACCCUCGCCGGCCUUGAGGCGGACAACAUCAUCAUGAUUGAGCGCGACGAGCAGCGGAACAUAACCAAGAUCGGCCUCUCCGACGCGGAGCGCGCAGCCGGCCGAGAGAAUUACGACUUUUACUGCUUCCUCAUCUGGCCGUUUAUCGAAGCCUCUUGGUUGGCAGCCGUCUCGCUGAUGGGUUUGACGCCGCCCCUGGGACAAAAAGAUGACGUCUGGAUCCAAGUCUCCCGGGCGCAGGAUUCGGCUCAGUUUUUGGGCAAAACCCUCUACCACCAAGGUGACCUCUCCUACUUUGAAGCCGUAAACAAGGAAACGCUCAAGAACUCGUACCAGCGGUUUGAGGAGGAGGGGAUCAUCCAGGUGGUCAGGUCUAAAGACUCGAGGAUCCCCCCGAGGCUCCGGGUGUCGCCCGAGUGGAGGCCGAGGAGGGAUGAGGUGACGGGUAACUUGACCGCGUCGGGGAAGCUGUGGGACUUUACCGAAAAGAUUGCUUCGAGCAGGAGGGAGGGGAAGAACAGACGGGAUGGGGCGACGGUGAGUACACGAGUGAUCCGGUUGACGGAUGAGCUGGGGCAGAAGCUGUGGGAGGAGGCCGUGAGGGGGGUGGACGGGGGGAAGAAGGCCAAGGGGUUGAAUGCGCCGGCUAGGUUGAGUGCGGAGGAGGAGAGGGUGCUGGAGAGGAGUCAGAGGGAGAAGAAGAAGAGGAGGACGUUGGAGGGGAGGGCGCAUUUGUAA